UAAAUAUUAUGUGAAUGCCAUGGAUACGGGAUGCCAUGACAGUUGGCUGGGUGACGAUGAAAUCGCGUUUGAUAGCCGAAAAGAAGCUGCAAAAGUUUGAUCGAACGAUACGAAUCGGACGACAAGGUUUCGCCAUAGAAAAGAAAGUGAUUUCAAGGGGACUCGCAUCAUUAAAUCGCGGUGCGUUUAUAAGAUUUACAUGCGUGUGUUUUUCUCCUUUCUUUGUCCAAUCCCUCCGUCUGUCUUUUCCAUUGCAUUUUCACCGGGAUAUUGUGAUAUUCUGUAUACUUUCUAUAGAGUGCCCCGAGAGACCGCGAUCAUCGUUAUUAAGAGGCGCUUUAUCGUUUCACGGGAGACCGCUUUCCGUCUUUUACUGCGCGGUUAUAUAUAAAAUUUUAUAUCGACGACGUGAAAAUUAUAGGACAGCCGAUGACGCGAGAGUCAUAGGUACAAUUAUGCGGAGAUAUGGGCGUCACGUUCGGACAAUUCGCGAGAAAAUUUAGAGACUCGGCAAAAAAACAUCGAACUGCUAACAGGGAUCUUAUCUUCGCAGUGAAUUUCGCUUACUAUCGAAUCACGUUCGACAGGUUAAACAGUGUCCACUGAUAUUUUCGACAUGAUGAACAUUCAACGUAUCUUCAGAGAUAUCAAAUUGUCGAGGCUGUUUCUGGAACUACCUCUGUUGUCGGCAAAGAUAAGCCUAGCGAUGAUAAUCGCGACUUUCAGAAUGAUCGUGCCCCGUGCCAUGAAACGCUUACUCGGAGAAACCGUUCUCAUCACCGGCGCCGGUCACGGUGUCGGCCGUGAAUUGGCCAUCCAAUUAUCCUCAAUGGGUUGCAUAAUUGUCUGCUGGGACAUCCACAUUGACAAGAACCGGUCAACCAUGAGAGAAGUGUCGAAAAACGGCGGAGAGGUUUAUGGUUUCGUGGUCGAUGUCUCAAAGAGAUUGGAAGUGCGAGAAACGGUCAGAUUGAUGAGAAAACUCGGAGUGCCGGAUGUGACGAUACUCAUUAAUAAUGCGGCUGUGUUGUAUCAUAAGCCGUUUUUAAGUUGCGACACGGACGACGUGGAGAGAACAUUCAGCGUCAACGUGCUUUCACACUUUUGGACGAUAGAAGCAUUUUUGCCUACGAUGCUGCAAAGAGGCAGCGGACACAUAGUGGCGAUGAGCAGCAUGUGCGGUAUUUACGGCGUGUCGCAGAAAGUGGCGUACUGCUCGUCGAAGUUCGCCGUGAGAGGUCUCAUGGAGGCUCUUCACGAGGAAAUUCGUUGCAACGAGAGGAGAGCCGACAUUCGUUUCACGACGAUUUACCCGUUUUACAUCGACACGGGACUAGCCAGAGACCCCGAAUACAGGUUCCCUUCUAUCUUCGGCGCCGUGACAGCCGAGCAUGCUGCUCAGGAAGUGAUCAAGGCAAUACGGAGAAAUUACAUAGAGCACACGAUACCGCGAUGCCUUUUGUCCUUGAACGCGAUCAACAGGAUCGUCCCGGAGAGCGUGAUGCGCCUGAUACUGGACUUCCUGGCGAAUGUUGAUCGGAAACGACAGGAAAGGAGCGUAAUGAGCUUGUGACUUGGAUUUUGUCGGAUCGGCGCGUGGGCCUCGAGAAUUCACGCGGGGGGGAUAUUGAGAAAUGUGAAUUUUGCGCGGACUCUGCAGAUAUGUGUAAAUAAUUAAGAAAUCGAUAAUUUAAUAAGAUGUUACGGAUUAAUUGAAUAAAUGGUAAUUUAUA